AUGUUUCGUCCUACUCAAGUCCUUCAAGCUCUUAAGCAGAUCAUUUGGCUGCAUAACCACUAUAGCAAUUCCAUCGCUAUCCGUGCCGCCGGUGAAGAAACCGUGAGAAAGCAUUUUGACAGAAAUAAUCUUGAAAAUCGCGAUAUUGAAAUUGCUAAAAUCAACUGGCAUUCAACUCCUCAAGACUCUGAAGAACAUUUGACGGUUGAAUUCGAAACGGGAAGCAAUCAGCAUGUCACGACUCAACAUGUCUACAGGUCUACAGAGUAGAUUUGUAAGUCAUUUCUGCUUUCCACGUUAUUUCGCCUGUUACUAAUGAGUUCCUUCGUAUAUAGAUGAGCCCUUUUCUGAGUUUCAGC